AUGAAGCGUAUCAGAAAUGAAGGAUUCUGUUCUUCAUUAAUUGAGGAAGAAAUGAAGCGUAUCAGAAAUGAAGGAUUCUGUUCUUCAUGCAAAAUAUGUAAUCGUCAAUAUUAUUCACCUUCAUCGCUUCGUGAGCAUAUGAGAAAACGGCAUCGUAUUCCUGUAUACAGAUUUUCGAAGCUGCCGGAUUCCUUAAAGAAUUUUGCGCUCAAGCAGGUUGUUGUUCUUGAUGCAGAGGAGGCUUUGAGGAGAGUUUCCGAAAAUAAUGCCGCAUUGGUAAAAACGGAAGCGCCUUCCAUUUUGGUCACGGAUGAGCAAGAAUGCAGUCAUGCGGAUCGUGUACAGCCUCAAUGUGGUAUUAAUGGAAGGGAGUGCAAUGAUUCUGGGGAACCGGCUAUAUCCUGCAUAUCCGCUGAAAAGGUA